GUUUCAUUAAAAUUUGUGUCAAAUUUUCGUGUAAAAUUCAUCCAUUAUUAUUCUAAAGUUUUAUAAACCUAAUGGCUAUUGUUCGACAUACCCAAUGAUCUUGAAAACUGCUACACUACCAUUCGUUGAAAAUGUAUAAACUAAUCAUAACAGAAUUUUCUUGCAAAAUCGGAGAAUUCAACAGGAUGAUCAGGAGCAUCAAGGGCAGAAACACUCGUUUAAAAAAAUCCAUUUCCUAUCGUACGAAAUCCACCAACAAUCAGGAUAUAAAAUACAUACUGCAACCGACUACACCAGUAAAGAUUUUGAUGUUAUCGACUUCUUUAAGAAAAAAUCUACAUUUAUUUUCGCCUAUCAACCAAAAGAGAUUCAUCAAUACUAUUGCAAAAGGAAAUUUUCCAGGCGCACGUGGAAAAGUCUUGACUACGAAGCAGCCUGUUUGCAAAUGUUCAUUCUGCACUCAAUAUCAAAAGUUUUACUGGAAUUCCAGCAAGCUCAUCGAUGUUAACAAAGAGCUAAUGCUAGAAAACGAAAUCGCCUACUUCAAAAAAUCGAUAACAUAUCUCCAGGAGCAAAUUUUUUCGUUUUUUAACGAACAAAUCGCUGUAGAAGAAGCGCUCACAGCCAUCGAUGAUUCGGUGUUGAAUUGUUCUUCCUCGAGGAAGGAGGAUAACAAACCGAAAAAGUUAGAAGGUAACAAUGAAAAGAAGAUUCCUGCGCAAAUGUGUGCUAAGAAAAAUAGAAAAGUAACCGAUCAUUCGAACCAGGAGAAGAAGAUUCUUGCGCAGGAAAGCGCGAAACGGAAAGCUAAAGCGAGAAAAUACUUUUCGACGAAAAUAAAUCGAAUCGCCCAGCCCGAUUUGCACAGAGAAAAACCACCGAAAUUCGUUAUUUCUAAAUAUAAAUUCAUAUCGACGGAAAAACAAAUUAAAAAACCCAAAAUGAAGCCGAUUAAAUUACAAAAUAACCCAAUCACCAACAGAAAUGUAGCACCCCAAAAGUUGAACGAUAUAUUAACAACCAUUAGAAUCGCGUUCGAUUUGAUUAAAAAAAUCGGUGAGAAUAAAAUAAGAGAUAUCAAGAGGCAAAUAAAAAAAAUACAAGCAAAAAUAUUCCAACGAAAUGAAGAUUUAGAAGAAACCGAUGAACUCAAAAAAGACAAUGUAAUGCAAAUGAAAAAAGAAGACGGUGCCACAGAAGAUGUUGUCAAAGAAGAACAAAACAAAGACGAAGGAACCAAGAAAAACACCCAACAAUUGAACGAAAAGCCUCACAUAGAAAAAAUCAGAACCGAUCUAAAAACCGCCAUUGAAUCUAAUUACCGGGAAACCUUCGGAAACACGUUUAAAAAGAAAUCGGAAAUGAUAGAAGACGCCAAAAAAACCGCCAAAUCAAAGAAGGAUUUGAAAGGUUUCGACGAAGUAACCACGAAACACAAAUGUCUCAUUACAUUAAGGAGUAUGAAGCAAGACAUUAAAAAACGCGAACCGAAUGAAAACCGCAUGUACAAUUUGAAAAACCACUUCGGCUUCAAUAUGACAAAAAACGAAUCUAAUCUCGGCGAAAAAAGCAAGUCUAAUGUAACUUUAAAAAGCACAAAGUCAGCGGAAACCCCCCAAAAAGAGCCAGAUACUAUAAAAUCAGAAACAUCAACAGGACAAAAGUCUCCAAUAGAAAAAUCCGCAAAAUCUGAUACAGCAAUACAAACCGCCAAGACACCAGAAAUCGACAACAACCAGUCGACUCAAAACCAAAAUUUGAAGCCACCAUUUGAUAAGGAUUCUCUCAUACCAGAAGAAACGAAAUCCACUUUGACUAUAAAAAGUUUCUACCAAGAGGAUGCUGACGACCAGUACAAACGCUCAGAAAACGUUGAAUCCGCUUGCAGAUGCCAGAAGAAAGGCAAUCCGGAUGACAAACCAGGCGUUCCCGAGAGAACCAAAUCUAUUCUAACCUUAAACAGCUUCAAGCAAGAUCCGAGAACUCAACAAGGAGAAGAAAAGCCCAAAACCGACAUAGAACAGAAAGAUCUACUCGAGCAAAUCAACAAAGAAAUCCAAGCCAGUAAUGAAUCUAAAUCAUCCGUAAUAGACUACAAGGCAACGAGCAUGAAAGGUAUCAUCGACGAAUUGAACAAUGAUAUUCUACAAAGGCUCAAGCCUGAGAACAACAGGAAAGCUGCUACAGAUGUGAAGAAAUCUGCGUCAAAAACAAAACAAUCCAAAAUUAACACUGAAGUGAAAUUGGAUGGCAUUCGCGAUGAUUUGGACAAAGAAAUUUGCAAUAAAUACGCAUCGAAGAUUACAAACAAGUCUUCGAUUACCAGCGAAGGUUUGUCUAUAGAUGGCGAUACACCAGAAGUCUCGAGCAAACCUGAAAAUGAAACCCGCAACAAACCUACUAUUAACGCAAUUUCAAACGAAACUAAAAUGCCAGAUGAUAUCAAAACAUUAAAAGAUGAUGCAAUGGAGCCACAAACUCUUUCCAAAAAACUAAAAGACCAUCUGUCUCAAUCGGUUGAAGAAAACCCGGAUUACUUAGACCGAACAUUGGACGAAAUGCAGAAGAAGAAAUCGUCGAGCACACCCACCAAUUGGCUGGUAUCCAAGAAGAUAUUCAGCGGCGAAGUGGCCAAAAACAACAAGAAAGAGGAUGAUUUGUCGUUGUUGCAGAAGUUAAAUGCCCGCCGCAUGAUCGUGGAUAAACUCGAUGUGGUCAAAAUGAAGCAGGACAUGUUAAACGAUCUCCGAUACGAACAAAACCCGGCCGAACGACUCAUGAAAAUGCAAGGGAGCGAGGAUAAUAUAGAAGACAAGCUCGAGAGGCCUUCUAUCACGCCUCAACCGAAUCCUCCACCGAAAAAAGAAGAUGAAAGAAAGAGGAAAGCUCCACCUGCAGCACCCAAAAACAGCAUGAUACUUCCCCCAAGGAAUACUCACGAUAACCCCAAAUUGGAAAGCAGAAUGAGGAGCAAACUCCCCGUAGAAGAAUCCGAUAAAGACUUAAUGAAGCAAGCCAAAGAUGUGGAUAAGCCACAGGAAGAAACUAGUGGGGAUGGAAUUAAAAGAGCGCUACAGAAAGGCAAUGAAAAUAUUAUCAAAGAAAUGGAUGAAGCAAAGGCAGGGGAAGCUUUCGAAUUUCAAAAAGUAGAACACAAGAACACCGUGCUCCUGUUGCCCAAAGGUGAUCCCAAAUCGCCGGAUAAGAAGAACAUUCUAAACAAUAUUAACAUCGAUGCCAUUGAAGAACUGGAAAUCCAAUACAAAGACGGCUCCGAUAAAAAUCUCAUCAAAAUAGCCGAAGAAAUGGAUAAAGUGAAGAACAAAGAGAAAGAUGACUUUUUAUCCAAGAAUCCCCCGAAAAUGGAAACCAUGGAAGGGAGUAUUAAAGCCGUUGUAACACCUACAAGAGGCAACUUAGCGAGUUCUUAUCAGCUAGAAGGAGUUUUUAAAAUACACAAAACAAUUUCUACGCCGGAUAAUAAUUCACCGACAUCGACGAAACCGGACCCGAAGAAAAAUUGGAGCAACCCUAACCAAUUGAAAGGCUCGUUGAAUAUCAAAGAUCAGGGUCAGAAGAAAACGAACCCGGUUAAAAAGUAUUCCGAUUUAGCUGGAAAUAAAUUACACGAUAACUCUAUAAUAACUUGUGAACAACCCGAUUCUCUAGUAGAAGAAACUGUUGGCAUCAAGAAGAUCAAUAAUUCUUGUUUGUUAAACGAAGAUGGUAUUAGUAAUCAAGUAGUUAUGUGCAGUAAAAAAGACGAUGAUAAAUCGAACAAAAACAACAAAAAAGACAACAAAAACAAACGCAACAAAUUCUUCAACAAACCCGAAUCGUUCCACAAAGAGAAGAAAUCCGACAGGUUAAUACCGAAACUGAUAAAGCGCAGGGGCUCGAUAAUAGUCAAAGAACAACAACCGAAGAAAUCCCGACCGACCCUAACGGUUGUGUACACGAAGAAAAAUCGCAGGAGGAAACUCGACAACCGCCAGACCAACAAGAAACGCAAGGAAGAGAUCCGGCGCAAGCGCAAGUCUCGCGUGCGCAAGCGCCGGCGCAACGUCAUUCUGUUCAUGCUCAAAGACGAGCUGAAGAAGAGCGAGCAGGAGCGAUUCAAAGCGCCCGCGCAGCCGGUGAAGAAAUCGGUGACGCCCGAAGAGCAGAUCGAGCAGACGUUGAGCAAGUACAAAUUCAAAACCCCCACGGAGGUGGCGAAUGAUUUUAGCGGGGUGCCGAUGAGCGAUAUGGAGAGGAACCGGCAGAAGCGCAGCGAGAAUAUGAAGAAACGCUCGUUUUACAGGAAUUUGGAUAAGAGGAUAUUUUCGAAGGGAAAGGCGAAUAGAGAUAAAUCCGUGAAAGUUGGAGGAAAAGGGAGUAAUAGGCAACAGGGGGUUGUUAAAGAAGGUACUAGUGAUGGGAAAAGUAACGCGGUUAUGACUGAAGACGAAGAAGACAAUUCCGAUGAACCUAAAUCUGUGCAUAAAUGAUUUUUGUAAAUAGCAGUUUUCGAAGUGUCAAUGUUUAUGAAAGAAUAAAAGUAAUACUAGAAAAUU